CCUCAAGUCCUGUUUCCUGGCUCAGGGACCGAGUGAGUAGGGCGGAGGAGAAAAGCAGAGAGAGAGAGAGACAAGGAAGGGAAAGAAUAAAGAAGCAUCAGCCAAUCCUCCCCCUGUCGGCUCCUCCCAGCCCUGCUCUCUGUCCACCCCUCUCCCUGCACACUCUCACUCAUACUCCAGGCCAGAAAGAUGUCAACCGGACACCAGCACAGCCAGAGCCGGGCCAUCCCCACCAGGACCAUCCCCAUAAGCGACUCAUCUCAGCUACCUCAUGACUAUUGCACUACCCCUGGGGGCACCCUCUUCUCUACCACCCCUGGAGGCACCCGGAUCAUUUAUGAUCGCAAGUUUCUGUUAGACCGUCGCAAUUCUCCCUUGGCACAGACUCCACCCCGCCGUUUGCCAGAUAUUCCUGGGGUUACCAGCCCCAUUACGGUUGCAACAGAAUCCAAAGUAGAAACCAACAACUUAAACAAUCAUGAUCAUGACAGAAAGGCUGCUGUUGAUGAUGCUCAAUUUGAAAUGGACAUCUGAUCUACUGGAUGUUUGGCAAGAUCUCCCAAAACUUGCGUGUACCUGACUUGGCCAAUAGGAUCAUUUAAUGAGAAAUCUGUCUACAGCGCAGUUUUGAGUUUAGAAACCUGCCCUUCAUGGUGCCAAAGGUCAACGCAAACAAGCUCCCAUUUUGUUUUUCCUCUUUCCAUUCCCCCCUCUCCCCCCCCCCACCUUUCCCUUCUAACUGCCGAGACUAUUCCCACCUCAACUAGCAGCAAGUGUGGUGGUUCUGGAGAGACUUGUGACACGAUUCUAAAAGGCUUGAUGUUGGCAAGUGGGGGGAAAAAAAAAGAUUAUAGUUUGCCAAUGUGUACUAUAGCGAUCUUUAAAAGAAAUAUAUAUGUAAAUGGUUGGUGACAGGAUUGAAAAAUGUACACCUCCUUUAAUGCUUACUUUAUGCCGUAUUUUUUUUUUUUUUUUUUUUUUUUAUGUUUGGCAGAGUAAUGAAGCCAAUGUGGAUUUGCUUUUUUGACCUCCCUAAAGGCUCAUACCCUUAAAUAAUAUUUUGUAAAUCUUUGACUAGUUCUUAGGUGCUGUAAAAACCACCAGGGACCUCUCUAUGCUACCUUUUCGUUAUCACCAGACUUGUCAUUUAAAGUAUGACACCUGAAGAUAACUGCCUGGUCUUUGCAUCAUUUUAAGAAUUGUUUUCCGAUCAGCUCUCUUCCAUGCCUUUGCUUAUCUUUUUGUAAGGUAAACUUUGGUCAGUUUUGUAACUUUUACAAAUUAUAAUUUUUUUUUUUUUUUUUUUUUAAUAGUUUGGUUUCUUGCGAUCAAAAAAGAACCUAAUCUUCCCUUAUUACUGAUGUUCUUUUCUGUUGUGCAAUUAACAAAAGGGCAAUAUAAAUGGAAGAAGGCCUUUAAGCAUUAAGGUAGUCGAUUGUUAAUUUGGAGUCAUCCUUCCAGAGGUGUAAUGAAUUUUCCUACAUUCACUUAUGGUCAGUAUGUUUGCUACUGUUUCACUUCCUAGUAGAUAUCAGUAUCUUGACAUGGUCACUGAUAGAAAGGUGUUUCUAGAAUAAGCACUAUUUUUAUUUUUGCUUUUUUUCUCUCCUUUCCUAACUGUUGAGGACAAUCGACAAGCAAAUCAUGUAACUAGAUGAAGGCAAAGUAGAGGGGAUUAGAUCUGAACAAAAUCGUUGGAUUGAAACUAUACUUUUUUAGGUCCGAUCUAAGAAAAUAUUAAUAAAGUUUUCCUCCAUGCCUGCUUACACAUUACAUGUUUCUUCAACGUGAUUUGGUGUUUCCCUUGUCCACUUUCAAAUUCAAUCAGCCAGUGUCCAAAUUUCAUUAUCCGAAUGGAGCGGCAUUGAGGCAAAUUGCAUUGGCCUUAUAUGAUCACAUUUUUUAUUUUUUUAUUUUUUUUUGCAGACUGAAUUGAUCAUAAGGUGCUGAUAAAAGUCUCGGACUGUGCUGAGUUGCUGUUUUUGAAUGUAGGAUUUUAUUUUUAUUUUUUUUCCCCUUGUUUGCUUGGAAUCAAUUUGAACUAUACAAAAUAAACAAUUGUGCUCGACAGAGCACAAUCUUAUUGGUUGGUAA